AUGGACGUGCAGAACCAAAGCUUUGCCUCUGAAUUCAUCCUGCUGGGCCUCUCUGACAGGGUAGAGCUACGGACACCCCUUUUUUUCUUGUUCCUGGCCAUGUAUGUUCUGACAGUGACAGGGAACAUCCUCACUGUAGUGGCAAUACAGUCCAAUGCCCACCUCAGCUCUACCCCUAUGUAUUUCUUCCUCCGCUGUUUGUCCUUGGUGGAUGUUGCUUUUACCUCGAACAUUAUUCCCACCAUGCUGCUGAGCUUGCAUAUUGGGCAUGGAAAAGCAGGAGCCAUCUCCUACACUGGUUGCCUCAUCCAGAUGUACAUCUUCUUGGUCUUAGGGAAUAUGGACAGCUACGUAUUGGCGGCCAUGGCCAUUGACCGUUAUGUGGCCAUCUGCAACCCUCUCCAGUACACCAAAAUUAUGAGUCACCGACUGUGCCUGCUGCUGUUGGCUGGGUCUUGCUUGGUCUCUCAUCUCCACUCCCUUGUCCAGACCGUACUUCUCUCCCGCCUCACCUUCUGUGCUUCUGCCAACAUGGUGCCCCAUUUCUUCUGUGACAUCCAGCCCUUGCUGAAGCUCUCAUGCUCUGACAACAGCAUCAAUGAGCUGGUGGGCAUUACUGCAGACUUUAUUGUCAUUAUGACCCCCUUCCUGUGCGUGGUAAUUUCCUAUAUACACAUCCUGGUGACUAUACUAAAGAUUCCUUCAACCAGGGGAAAGUGGAAGGCAUUCUCCACCUGUGGAUCUCACCUGACAGUGGUCACUCUAUUCUACGGGAGUGUUGCUUGGGUUUACUUCCGUCCCCUGUCCAGCUAUGCAGCUGUCAAGGACCAAGUGGCUUCUAUCGUGUACACAGUUCUCAUUCCGAUGUUCAAUCCCUUCAUCUAUAGCCUGAGAAAUACAAAGAUGCAGGUUGCCCUCAAGAGGAUGGUAUGGAGAAGGAAAAUGUAG